AUGAUUGCCUCAGCCAAUGCCCCGGCUGAUGUGGUCUACCCAAAAGGCAUGAAGUUUGCCAUAUUAAUGAUUUCGCUCUAUAUCAGCAUGUUCCUGGUUGCCUUGGACAAACUCAUCAUCUCGACUGCUAUUCCCGCCAUCACGAACGAGUUCCAUGCUGCGAGUGACAUUGGUUGGUAUGGCACAGCUUACCUUCUUACCAACUGUGCCUUCUUGUUAGUAUUUGGCAAACUAUACACCAUCUUGGAUAUCAAGAUGACCUUUAUGACUGCCAUGGUACUCUUUGAAAUUGGCUCAGCUAUCUGUGGUGCUGCCCCAAACUCGAUUGCUUUCAUCAUUGGAAGAGCUGUCGCAGGUCUAGGUGGUGCUGGUACGCAAUCGGGUAUCCUUGUCAUCAUUGUCUAUGCUGUCCCCCUUGAGAAGCGACCUCAGUACCAGGGUCUCUUCGGUGCAGUCUUUGGAGUCGCUUCAGCUAUUGGACCUGUCAUUGGAGGUGUCUUCACAACUCACGUCACUUGGAGAUGGUGCUUCUACAUCAACCUUCCCCUUGGCGCCGUUGUCUUGACCUUUGUCUUCCUAUUUCUCCAGGUUCCUCGCCAAUCGACUGAGAAGACCGGUCUCAUGUACAAGCUCCAGCAGCUAAACGUACUCGGCUUGGUUGCUCUCAUCCCUGGUGUUGUUUGCCUCUGCCUGGCUCUCCAAUGGGGUGGAUUCGAGUACAGCUGGAACAAUGUUCGUAUUAUUGGUUUGCUCGUGGUUGCUUUCACCCUCCUCAUCGCUUUUGUCCUCAUCCAGAUCUGGAAGCCCGAACAAGCAACUGUCCCUCCUCACAUCUUCGCCAAGCGCAGCAUUUUCGGUGGCUUUUGGGUGAGCUUUUGUAUCGGUGCGCAUCAGACACUGUUGAUUUACUUCCUCCCUGUCUGGUUCCAGGUAAUCAACGGAGAUUCUGCCAUGAACAGUGGUAUUCAUCUCUUGGCCAUGGUACUUGCUCUUGUUGUUGGAUCCAUCAUCAGCGGUGUCCUCACCUCUCGCAUUGGAUAUUAUAUGCCGUUCCUCAUUGCCGGAAUCUGCAUCUCUUCCAUCGGUGCUGGCCUUUUCACUAUCCUUGGCACCAAUGCCUCAGAAGGCCAAUGGAUUGGGUAUCAGAUUGUAUAUGGCUUUGGUCUCGGUGCCUGUUCCCAGGCUCCCAACAUGGCUGCCCAGACUGUUCUUCCACGCAAUCAGGUAUCGAUUGGUGCUUCACUCGUCAUCUUUGCCCAAACACUCUCUGGUGCCAUCUUCGUUUCUGUUGGCACCAACGUGCUCGAUGGAGAAUUGGCCAAGCGUUUGUCCGCUUUCACAAGCGUUACUGCUAAGCAGAUCGAGUCCGCUGGCUUGACAGGUCUUCUCGAGACUAUCCCUGAGAAGUUCCACAAAGAUACAUUGACUGCCUACAACGAUUCGCUACACGUUUGCUUUCGUGUUGCACUCAUCAUGGCUUGCCUGCCUAUCUUGGGGGCGUUGGCUAUGGAGUGGGCCAGCGUGAAGAAAGAAGCAGUCGAGACAACAAAAGAGAGUGGCAAUGAGGCAGAGGAGAAGUCGGUUGUUUGA